GCCAUGCAGGACACAGAGCCAUUCUCUGAGGAGCUCCUGGAGGCCAUGAAGCGACUCUGGGCCGACUCCGGCGUCCAGCAGUGUUUCGCCCGAUCCAACGAAUACCAGCUGAAUGAUUCGGCAAAAUAG